AACGCAGCAACGCUUAUAAGAAACAUCCUGGACCAACCCUCUAGAGUUGACCUGGAUCUUGACCUCGAACCUCAGCAUUCUCUUAUUACUACAACUGCAUGCACACACAAACGGUAGCGACGACGAGACCGUAGCUGUGGAACGACUGUAGGAGAGAGCUGCUCGGCCUGCGGGCCUUGGUUUUGUUACACUGGCCGGUACCGCGAACCAGUCUGCAUAUCUGCAGUCUGGCAACUAUGGCGGGUUUGAGUCUGCCGCGACGACGAGCGUGCUUUCGCCCUCCACCCUCUGCCACCCGCUGAUGAGCACAACGCCCGAAAACAUCGUUCCGCCGAAGAAGCGCAAGAACGCGCCCAACUCGUCGGGGUCGAAGCCAGCGAAGAAGGUCAUGAGAGUGGGACCGCGAGAUAACCCCAAACCUGAUGCCAACGGGGAGGGUGACAGGGACGGGGAGGCUGCGAAGCCUAAGCGUGUGCGCACUGGCUGCCUCACGUGCAGAGAGCGGCACUUGAAGUGUGACGAAGCAUUGCCGCAUUGUAACAACUGCAAAAAGAGCAAUCGACAUUGCAAAAGAGGUGUACGGCUGAACUUCAUAGAUACGUGGUGUCAGAGGCCGCCGGUGCUGUUCAAUUUUUGGGGCUCUGCCGACUGGAAGGUCACAUUCAUGGACGAGUCGCGCGAAAUUGCGAGUGAAUAUCAAGGUGGUGCUGAGCGGUAUCCGCAUCUCAAGCCAGAUCAGGAUAUCCAGACAAGUCGGCCAAUAGACUCUGCUGUCGCAUUCGAAUACCCCACGACUACCACCGCACCACUACCAUCAAUGCACCAGCCGCUACCACCAAUUGCAGGACCGCUCCCGGAAACAUACUCGGAUCCUGUGCAACAACAACAUAUGGGGAAUAUGUUUGAUCAUCAGUCGAAACUGGAUAUGGCCCAUUUGAAUUCCCAGCAUGGAGCACAUCCACCUUCAGGAUCGACACAGCAUUCGCAUACCAACGAGUCCGUAGUGGGCAUGUCCACUAUACACGGAUCUGUAGCUAGCUACAAUGGUCUCGAUACCGACCUAAUCAAUCCUGACGCAGACAAAAAGGAGUGGCUCGACAAUCAGGAGGAGACUCUAUUCAUGCAGGUCUUCGUCGAGGAGGUCGGCUUGUGGAUGGAUAGCAUGGAUCCACAGAAACAUUUUUCUCGCCUGCUGCCGUUUCAUUCUCUGUCAGAGCCAAUGCUGCUCAACGCGUUCCUCGCCUGCGGGGCGCGGCACUUGACAUUGGUGAACCCAGUGUAUACAGAGGAGAAAGCUUUACAUUACUAUGACACGGCAACACGUUAUCUGCUCAAGAAUCUGCAGAAUCCCAUGCGAGAUACGGUCGUGUGCGCCACAACGGCUGUGAUCCUGAAUGUGUACGAAAUCAUGUCAGAAAAGGCGCUACAGCGGAUGAACCACAUUGCAGGUGCUCGAGCACUGAUUAAAGAGUGCGGCUGGAACGCGCGCGCUCAGGGCAUUGGGUCUGCUUGUUUCUGGCUGAACGUGGGGCUGGAAGUGCUCUCAUGUCUUCACUUCAAUUGGCAAGUCGCCUGGGAUCCAGAAGACUGGGGUGUGGACAUGGACUUCAGCCGCGAGAUUGCCAAUGGCCGAGAAGAGAUCUGGACGCACAGAAUGCUGUUUGUCGUUGCAAAGAUCUGCAAUUUUCGCGCCACGAUGCCGCGAGAGCAACUCCCCAACCAGCGAGAUGAGCAGAUUCGAAUGCAGCAACGGCACGAGAAGUGGUCGCAAUUGAAACAAAUGUGCGACGCGUGGGACCGCGGCAUUCCCAGGACAAUGCAGCCCAUGGCGUACCUAUAUGCGUACCAGACGAGCUCGAAGUCUCUCUUCCCCGAAGUAUGGCUGGUGAAGAGGACGACCAUUGUCGCACGGCUCUUCUACCAUACCGCACUGCUGCUGAUGGCGCAGAUCCAUCCGUAUUAUGGGCUUGACAAUCCGGAAAUGCAGGAAAUGCAGACACAACAUUCGCACAUGAUCUGUGGCAUUGUCGCGCAUGUCAAGGAUCGUGGCGUUGCAUCUGUGGCAAUACGCUCUCUCGCUCACGCAGCAGAAGUCCUCUCCGAUCGCAAAGAACAAGAAGAAGUGCUGACCAUCUUCGACAAGAUUCACAAGGAGACCGGCUGGCGCAUUGGCUUCGUCUAUAAGGAGCUAAAGGAGAAAUGGGGGUGGAACGAAGAGAUUUCGCCUCAGCAGUUCGCGCAAACGCACACUGCUGCGGCUCGCCAAGCACAAGAAGCUCAGGAUGAGCAACAACGACAGAUGCAAGACCAAGCUCGUCGGGCUUCCCUCUCCAUGCAGCAGGGUUUCAACUUUAGCCAUCUGAACGCCAUGCAACCGCCACAAGUCACACCCCCAGUGUCCACCCAAAUGUCGCCUCCCCAACAAGCUCCCCAACAGCAGCAGCAGCAGCAGCAAAGGUCCAGUGCAUCGGCAUCACAGGGUAAGCCGAGAAUACCAUCCGGCAUCCCGAACCCUCUGUAUGCCAAAGCCGACUUCAAUUUACCUCAACAUCCUUAUCAAAACUUUUACGUGGCGCCGAAACUAGCUCCUAAUAUGGGAUAUGGCAAUGGGCAACAGAAUAGUUCUGGUAAUGGAGGACCACUGUAUUAUGCUGCUUCCUGAAAGAAAAAAAACCCCCCUUACCUUCGCGUCAACAUACUUUUCGAACACACCCCAUUGCAUUUGUAUGAGAGACGAUCACAACGGAAAUCACAGUACGACCAUGAAAAUGAGCAGAUGAGGGAGGGGGAUCUUUUUACCAUAUAUCAGCGAGAAUUUGGCAGUGUAUGAAUGAAAACCUUUCCACGGCCGGAGGGAAGCCAUACCUCUCGGUCAGGAACCCCCGGCGUUUUCUUUUUCUUUUCUUCACUCGGAAGGUCAUUCCCCCAAAUUAUGCUUCCAGAGCGUUCGAGAAGGUAAAGCUGGUAGCGAGAGCUUGGUGAAUUCCCUUGCUUCCCACUUUGUACGCGCAGUGUACGAACCCCGGCAGAAGUACGCCUUGCAACAAUCGAUUCGAGCGACUGUCAGUCCUGCGUUUGUGUGAUGUAUAUGUGUGUCCCCAAACGCCGAAGCAAAUCAGACUUCAGCCCGAUAUUCGGGAUCGACCUUACUCUGUUUGAACAGACUCUUCCCCUUCAGCCAUUGUCUGUAAGCCUUGUACCUCUUCUUCGUCCCAUCCUCCUCACUGACUGUCAGAGGAUCUUCCUUGUCCUCCAGAUAAUCCAAAUAACUCUGAAAGUCUUCCUCGCUGACGCCCUGUCCCCCAAACGUCAUAUCAUCCUCUUCAUCAAAAUCGUACUCCGAAUUUCUCCCGCCACCUGCUCUCUGCACGUAAUCCACGUAGUCGAUAUUUGCAUCCGAAGGGAGCUCGGUACUGACUACCAGAGGAAUGUUCGCAGGAUGUGAGAUGUAACGCGUAUAUUCUCGUUCUUCGGAGUCCGAUACGUGGGGGUUCAAGGAUUGCCUAUGGAACUGAUUCAAAGUCCAGAGAUGCAUUUGCGCUUUAUCGGCGGGUUUGAAUUCCUGCUCUCCUAUGGCUGUGGCCGCAUGUACUUUAGUUGACUUCUCCCCGUGUAGUCGAUACACUGUAGGUUCUCGAAGAAUGCCGAGCGGUAAGUCGUUAUCAUAUGAGUUUGCGGUCAUCGGUCGAGGAACAUUAUCCGGCUCCUCCUGUAUCGUGUCGUGCGGGUCGACAAUCGUGACGCCUUUCCUCGGUCGCGGCUUCUCGGGUGAUUCCAAGUGCUGCAGUUUAUGAGGAUCUAAACGACGGACGAAGGGACUGAAGUCGAACUUGUUAUCGCCAAAUGGUCGCUCGGGCAGGAAAGACUUGUUGGUGGACGUAAUUCUGUAUGAGUAGACCUUCUCGAGUGACGAUAGUGCUGUAGGACGGUAGCAUUCCCUCCAAUAGUCAUCGAAGGCCGCGAUGCCUGCUGUGUGCAGCUCUUUCGCCACUCGAGCUUUGAGGACUUUCUUUGGGACAGCGCGAGGCUGGAGAUGCUCUGGAGUGUACCAUUUGAUAUAGUCGCGCCGCUCGCGCUCAAGCCAAGCCUUAGGAUCACUGUGGUGAAGAUAAUAAUCAGUUGCCAAAUCCCAGAGCAUCGGCUGUCCUUUUGCCCAGAUGUAGUUGCCCAGGAACAAGUUAUAUGCUUCCUGACGUUGGCCGUCAAGAAACGAAUUGUGGUAGUAUCGUUUGAAGCUCUCGACCAUGUCUCGACUAGAGCUCUGCCAGUGCCCCAUCUUGCGAUACGUCGACAUGGUGUUCACGAGGUGUGACCCCCCGUAUUGCAUGGCAAUAUUAUCGCCAUGAUCGUGGAACAUCGAAGUGAACAAAUUGACUGCGUCUGUAUCGUACGCAACUUCAUCCGUACUGAUGAUACCAAGGCAUUUCAACUGCUGCGCGAAAGCGUGCUUUCCAAUGACAAAUUGAGCAGCAUUGGUACGAUCGAGGCAGUCAACGCAAUUUGUCCUCGCGACGCCAUUUUGUGCUUGUGGCUCACACAGGUCAGAAUCUCCAUUAUGGAAGAAGCCAGUCUUGUCAAAGAUCUCCUUCGCGAUAGUCUCGAGGCCACCAAUCACAUCGCUAUUCCGACCUUUCGACGCCCGCGCCAUGUCGUAAGCCUUGUACAAUAUCCUCUUGUCUGCAGGCAACGAAGUAUUGAGAUAUGAAAUGCAGUCCUCGUAAGCGUCAAGUAGCUUUGAUUCUCGUGGAGUCUUUUCGCGAGCUUUCACAAGAUUCAGGCAAUAGAUAGGGCUUCCAUAACGACCAAACAAGUCGUCAAAGUGCAGAGCUGCUGGUUGAUAAAAAGGGUCGUGGAGGCUGAUCUCGAUACUCGGCUUCGGCGUAACGCCACUGUUGUCCUGCGUCCAGUAAAGGGGAACGCUUCCUCUGUGAUGCACAUAAGAGGUGUAUUUAGGGUUGGCAAAGAGUCUUUGGGCAGGAGCAUGGAAGGAUGUGGUGAGCUUCUCCGCCACAAUCUGCUCGGUCUCGACAUCGUUCGCAACAUAACCAAGGUCAUUGACUCCACGCUUCAAGAAUCGGGCUCCAGCGUAAAAGCGCGAUCUUCUGCCAAUGAUGGUGACGUAGACGGUCCGGCCGAAGACAUCCAAAGCUGCCUGCGUCAAGAACCCAUGGAUGAUUGGCAAGCACCAGUCAUAUGGAUGUUUGAGCGCGUUGACAGCGGAUUUCAGUAAGUGGUGGUUCCAUACGUACAUGCCAUUGUACUCAUGUGCUGCAACAGCAAUGCCCUCAUUCAUAGCCUGGCGUUGUCGAAUGAUGUUUAGCUGUAACGAGUGAGUGAUGUCGUACGAAUAGCUGAAGUAAAAGGACUUUGUCAGGUCAAGAUUAUUGAGUAUGCCCAGAAAGCGCGACUCUUCUGGAUUGCGAUCACGCAAGAAGUUGCUACUCGAGCCCGUCGUCAGUGGUAUGAGGUCCGUGCCUUCUACUUGAUACACGUAAUGACCUCCAAUCAUAGCAACUUGCUUGCGCUUGGUGACCAGCUGCAUGUAGUACGCUUCGGUGAAACGGAUAAAGCCGAGCAUGCCCCAGAAGCUGAACCUCAUCUUGAGCCCGCCAGUGGACCUGUUGCCUUGGUCAAUUGCGUUGAGCACGUCGUUCAUCUCUUGCCGAUCGUAGACAGUCUCAUCCUCGAAAAGCGAUAGUUGACCAGGAGGACUCGUUCGAUCGAUCCUCAACAGGCGAAAAGCCUUGUCUGUGAUAUCUGAACCAGUGAUCCAGUAACGGGCAUUCGUCUCGUACAGAGUGAACUUGUGCAUCCUGUGAAGACGAUAGUCGUCGUCUUUGACUUGUUCGAUGUCACUGGGGUCCUUCAUGUAUUGAUCAUCGUCUCCGGCAGCAUCAGCAGCAAUAUCCGCAGCAGUUGCGCCGACUCGCACAUAGAGAGGCGGAUCUCCACUGGAGUCUACAGAGUCACUACCAUCUUCGAGUUCGGGAGCGUCAGUGGUGAAAUCGCGAGAUCUACUCCCAGGGUAUGUUUGAUUCUGCUGGACGGCUGGUUGUCGCACGGAGGUGCUACGAAAGCCACUCUUCGCUCGUGAAGCUGCGCGAUCAUGCUCCGGCGAGUAGGCCCGUCGCGGGUCGUCGCCAUAUUCGCUGUCACCCGUCGGACCGGCGUCGACAGGACCUUGGUCCAUAGCGUCUGAUGACGGCUCAAUCACCUGUUCGGCAAACAGCUCGGCUUGCUGCUGUGGCACUUCAUGCCCCCCACAAUCUGCAUCAUAUGAUGAGGGACCGCGUCGUGUAUAU